GCGAACAUGUUUGCGUCUCCGUGUCCAAAUCCCUACUUCCGUGCGGCCUGGAAUUCCUGGAUGUCCUCUGCGCAAAAUCUGGCUGCUGCCUCCUCCGCCCCCUCCAUCCCGCCAUUUUUCACCUCCCUCGGCCCGCUCCAACAACAACAACAACAGCUUCCACAGAGGCAGCAGGAGGCCUUCGGUCGCCGAACUGCCUCCGUCUACGUGGAGAAUGCCUCCAUGAAUCCCUUCCUUUCACCGAUGCCACCGGCGCCAAAGGUAACCGUUCAGUCCCCGACGCAUGGUGAGACUGUCGAGACUGCCGUGGGAAGUCCCUCUGGUGAGCGUUGCUGUCAUCCCCACUUCUGA